UUUGCACAAGUUUAACGGCGACGACGAGUGUUUUGUCAACCGACGAAUCGUGUUCUUUCGCGUGAUAGCAAUUUCAAUUUUUUACGGUAAAUUGUGCGGUUUUAGUGAGCAAAUAAUAUCCUCCGGCAUCGGUUAUCGAUUAUUCACAAUACGCGUUACAUGGUGGUUCGUUUUUCGAAUUGAAUCGACUUCGCCGCGCCGCGGAUUGUCAACAAGUUGCGGUGCGUCUCGCAUUUCGCGUGUGUGAAAAUAUUAGCGUUGUUUACGUUUUGCUUCCUUGGGUGAAUCCGGGGUUCUUGGGAAUUGUGGUUGGUUGAUUGGGGUUCGAAUUCGGUUGGGAACCGAAAAGUGGGGCAUAAUGUCGAUGGACGGGGUCCAUAAUAUGUUGGUUUCGAGCCAGAACCUCACCUGGAGAGGUCCGCCGCGUUGCCCGAAAUGCCAUCAAUCGUACACGGCUAGUUAUGUGAAACAGGGAACGUCCCGGCGGGCGUUUAUCCUGAAAUGUGACCAUAUGAUGUGCGAGCGAUGCAUCCGGGAUCAGUAUCAUCGGCGGGAAGUGGUUUGCCGAAUCUGCAACAUCCGUACCCUGUUGGAACCGAAAAAACCGCUUUUCGAACAGCUGCAGCAUUCGUUCCAAAUGUUGGGUUUCGUUAAUCAACGCCAAUACGAGAUUUCUCGGCUAAACAACAGUGGCCUCUCUCUGAGUUCCUUCAGUCCGGAAGCACCGGGAAUUGAGUCGAACAAGCUGUUCGCCAGUAUCAAGCAAGAGCACGACGAUGCUGAAAGCGAUCCGGCCAAAGAGUGUGCCGAGUGCAACAUCACAACGACCCGGUACUUUUGCAAGGAAUGUGAUUCGCCGCUUUGCCGGGAUUGCUUCGAAAAGAUCCACCAAAUCCAUAAGGUGCUCUCGAAGCAUAAGCUGUGCUCUCUUACCGCUCGGCGACUUAUCCAAGAAGAUUACGGCAUUUGUGAGGAACACAAGCUCGCUACCGGGCUGUUUUGUACCAACUGUGAGUCAACGGUUUGUGCCCGGUGCCGGGAUGAGGGCAAACAUGCCGGCCAUCUGUGCGUCACCGUCGAGGAACUGAACCGGAAGGAUCACGUCCGGCUGGAGGGUCUGAUCCGGGAAAUGGAGCAAGCAUUAGCCGUGAAUGAGCUGGGUAAAAAGAAUCUGGAACUGGUGCAGGAGCAGCAGCAAAAGUACGCCGACAAAACGGUAUCCGACAUUACCGAUUACUUUUUCUCGCUCCACAACGUCCUACAGUCGGUUGAGAAUGAACUUCUGUUGACCGUCAAAAACACCUACCAAAAAAUGCACAAAGAAGUGAUCGACUCGGCCAAGCAGCUGGCCACAGCGGAACGAUCCCUAUACCGAUCGAUCGACCAGUUAAAGACGUUCCAGGUGGCACUCCCCCGACAAACUCUGCUUUCGGAGAUCAUCAAAGAGAUGAAUGAGCAAUUGCACACGAUGCAAAUUACGGACUCGGUUAAAAGAACUAACGAAAAUCCGUUCCGCUUCCAGGAGCGUGAACCGCUGCGUAAAGAAAUUCACAAAUACUUUGAGCUGUACUGUAACCCGUUCGGUUACUGUCACAAAAUGACCACAUUCUACCAGCCUAGCUCGUUGCUGGAGCCCAUAGAAUCUCCGGAACCGCAAAACCUGGACUCUCUAGCAGUCGUUCCGACAAUUUCGAUGCCAACGAUCAGCUCGGACCUGGCCAACACAUCCAACAUAUCGGAUCACUCGCUGGGCGCCGACAUGGACAUCAGCAGUUCACCACCUCCUUCAGCUGCAGCUACGUUACCUGAGACUACGGUGAAGCCGAAACUCAACAUAGUGGAAUUGGUCAGAACUAAGGACAACAAAUAUAAAGGUGACACUGGUCGAGUUAGAAACCUCCACCAUGAUUCCAUACUGCCACCGGGUUGUGAGAGGAUCAGUGUCAGCCCUGAGGUAGAAUUCGUACCGAAUCCAUCUCCAUCUUCGGUGCGUCCCAAUAGUGUGGCCAGCAAAGGCCAAGCACCAUCUUCGCAGAAGAGUUUGAGCAGACGGGUAAGUCAGGGACGUCUUAAUUCUAAGAGCUCCGUUACGACGAUCCAUAGCAGUCCAAGGUCUCCGGCUGUCGAAGCCGCUGCAGGUGCUGCCAAUUCCGUUGCUAAGGAAACCCGAAAACCUGAGAUGGAGAUUAACCCAAUUAACCCGGACAAUGCAACGUUCAUCAAGUACAGUCAGAAGGUGAACGUGACCUGUGUAGAGAGUCCUGGCAAGUUCUACGUUCAGAAUCAGUGCUUCAAAUCGAUCGUUAACGAGCUUUGUCAAGAUGAGGGCGAGUCGGCCAGUGAACCGGAUCAGAUUGCCAUUGGAGAGCUGUAUUUGGUGCACCCGAGCUCCGAAACCAAGUGGUACCGGGCCAAGGUUCUUAGCCGAUCACGGCACAGCAAAAAGUACAGGGUGAUGUUCAUCGACUACGGACGAACGGAGGAGGUUACGAGUGCGCAAAUUCGGGAUCUGAGCGAGGAACUGCGGGAAUUCGAGGCCGGUGCCUACGAGUGUAUGCUGUACGAUCUGAUUCCAGUCUCAGGAAAGAAGUGGACCCCGGAAGCACGCCAAAUUAUGAUCGAUUUCAUCGACAACAAACAAAUGAUCAUGUACCUGGUUGAGAACGAUGAAAACAGCAAGUAUCCUAUGCAUGUGGAUCUGUUCUCACAAACCGUUGACAGUCCGAAGUCGCUACGUGGUGCCCUCGUCUACCUUAAUCUUGCCAAGGUAGAUCCUAGUCCGGAGAGACGAUCGGAAAUCGCCAUUCGUAAGAUCGAUCAGCUGGAGAAAACUUUGACGAAGUGGAGUUCCGAGUACAAAAGACGCUUCACGGCACCGGAGCUUGAGCGGGACGACGUAUUCAAGGUCCACCUGACGUACUCCGUUUCGCCGAGUGAGUUCUACAUCAGCAAAACCACUUGGAGUAUACAGACCCAAAAGUUGCAGUCCGAGUUGACGCAGUACUGCAACAAGGAGGCAAAGGUCGCCUAUCACCCUCACGUGGGCAUGGUUUGUGCAUUUGUAGAACGUGAUGCUUACGAUCAGCAGACUUGGCGUCGAGGACUGGUUGUUAAGGUCGGCGAAGCACACUGCGAAAUCCUCUCGGUUGACACGGGGCAUAAGCUGAUCAUCACAUGGCAGGACAUUCGGUAUCUACCGAAGCAAUUUUGUCAACAGCCAGAGUUGGCUGUCCGCUGCAAGUUGAUGGACAUUACCCCCUUCAAGCAGCACAACUAUCGAUGGACCGACGAAACGAUCCGGGAGUUUAAUCGAAUCGCCAACGUGCCGUCUGCGUUCCAGGUAUUUGUCGGAAGUCGGGAUGUCAUCGACCGCUGCUACGAGGUAGCCCUGUAUAUGGUCAAGAAGAAACACGACGUCUGUGUGAACGCGCUCAUGGUGAAAAACGGAUUUGCGGUGUCCACUGGUCGGGAAAGUCUGAUGGUGGAGCACAUCAAAGACGUUAUGGAAGAACCGACUCCGAAACUCGAUCUAACCGUGGCCAGUGGAAGUGGCCAGAACAGUAAUCGCAGCAAGGGCAACUCAUCGGAGAAGAAGCAAACCCGUGCGAGGGUAGAACUUUUGCGCAUCGUUUCGCCCGGUGAGUUCUACGUUACUCUGAUCAAGAACGCCAGCGGCAUUGACCGGAUGCAGGAAGAAAUCCAGAACAAGAUGGAAGACAAAAUGGACGAAGGCGACGACAAGACUAUCUGGAACAUUGACGAGCUAUGUCUGGUGUUCCCGACGGCAGUUCUAGGUAACGAGCGAAUCAGCUGCGAAUGGUACCGAGCUCGGGUGAUUGAGAUCGUCGACAGUAGCAACUACACAGUAUUUUUGAUCGACAAAGCCUUCACGAUGUGUGUCCAUUACACGAAUAUGUGCGUAAUUCCCCCAGGUCUUAAGCAGGUCCAUCCCGCAGCCAUUCGAUGCUUCCUUGCUUGUGUAGUCCCAACUGCUAAUCAAACUACCUGGAGCCCAUCGGUCAUUGACGCGUUCAAGGUGGCAAUCGAUAAGUUCGAAGGGUUCGCCAUUUCGCUUCACGGUCGUAGCAUUGAGAACAGUCUGCCGGUGAUUCUGUGGGGUCUGACGGCUUCGAAUGCGAACGCCCUUUCGCCGCACAUGUUCGAUUACACCAACAUCAACAAUACGCUGGUGAAGUACGGGUACGUGCAUCUGAAGGAGAAGUUCCAACCGCUUGCGUCGGCCGGUUCGGUCGAGGAUGAGCUGGCCCGUUUGACGCAGGCCUUCGAUCGGUUCAUCGAGGAACUGGACGUAGUGAUGGAGGAAAAGUCCGAGGAACCCAGCAUAUCGAACUCGUGUGAGCUGUAUAAGGAAGAGCUCUCGACCGAACCAACCCCUAUCGAGCAGUGGCUGCCAGCCAAGCCGAUCGAUAAGAACAUUUUCGUUGCCGUUGCAACGUACGUGGACAACAACGGAGUGAUCUAUUUGCACGACGUCGAGCGGGAACCUUUUCUGACGGCGAUGAGGAAGAUCAUCAAUGACAAGUACGGCGAUUCGCAACCGGUGAGUGGCCAUAAAUUCUUUGCCAACGGUGAACCAUGUCUGGCACGGUUCCACCUGGACAAUCAUUUCUACCGAGCAGUGGUCCGGAAGGCGAUCAGCCCCAUCCGGUACAAGGUCCAGUUUGUGGAUUACGGAAACAUUGAGGAGUGCAACUUCGAGGAACUCAGGAAGGAGGUCAUAUGUGGUAAAGUCCCAACAAUGGUCAAUCGAUAUCGGCUGUCGGAUGUAGCACCACUGGGAGACAAAGGCAUCUGGGACAUCGAGGUGCUGGACGCGAUGCAUUCGCUCAUCGUCGGCAAACAGUGCCAGGUGCGGGUCGAUACCGAUAUGGACUACUCCAACACCGAUGUGGUUCCGUGCUUCCUGAAAGUGACCGGUGAGGUGACGAUAGACGUUUCGGACUACCUGCUGCGGCAUAAGCUGGUUGCCAAGAAGCGAGAGAUUUUCGCCGAAAAAGUUGACAUCCUGUACGAUCCGCACAGCAACCUCCAGGAAGGUAGCAGUGAGGCCGCCAAGGGAAAGCCCAGCAGUCGACUGAGGAUUGCGGCCAAUUUUGGCACCGAAUCAACAAACACCAACAGCGGCAGUGAAGAGGCUGGCGUUAAACCGAAAAGCAGCGAAGCCAGCAAUCAGGACUUGGAAGACCUGCUCCAGCGGGUCGCCGCCGAGCAAGAUCCGGACGCGGAGGAAUUCGAGGACACCAGCGGUAUCGAUUUGAACAAGGUACAGUAUUUCUGUAGCUAUCAGGACAUCAAGCUGGAGAUGGAGUCCGACCCGGAGGACGGGGAGCUGUCCGAGGAGGAGCGGAAGACCGCUGAGGACGGAACCGAGAACGGUUCCAAUCUGUCGUUCAAUCCGAACGAUUUCGAUACAUCGACCCAGAUCGAUCCACCGCUGGAAAUGACCCGGCCAACCGUCAAUGGGUUCCCGCAGUUCGAGGUGGAUGAAACGAUUAGUGGCUUCUAUUGCGAGGUCACGAACCUGAUUGACCCCUUCAAUUUGUACGUGUUUCCGCUGAUGGAUGAUCACGUGAAGCGGAUGAAAGAGUUGAUGGCAAAAAUUCAAUGCUACGCUCGGAAGCAUCGCACUUGCUCCGACAUCGAGGAGAAAAUGCCUUGUCUGGCGUUGUUCAAGCAGGACAAUUUCUGGUACCGGGGACUUAUCGAAGAGUACAUUCCGAAUCGCGGCGAAGUGCGCAUCUUCUACGUAGAUUACCUGAACAAGGAAACGGUUAGUGUGCGUGAUAUCCUGAAGUGUCCGGUAAAUCUACGGAGAGUUCCCCUUCGGAACGUUCAAGUCAAGCUACACGCCCUGAAAGCCAACUCGCGACUCCGCGAGCCGGACAUAAUGCGUAAGCUAGUUGAGCUUAUCGAAGGUAAGCGCAUCUACGUCAAGGUGAUCCGCCACACGCUCAUACCCGAGGUGGAGCUCUACACCGACGCCAAGUGUACCAGUCUAAUCUACCAGCAGAUGUUGAAAGAAAAGUAUUUCCUACCGGGAAGUGAAGCGCCUUCGAAGGCGCCCACGGAUUUCUCUUCCUCCUUUUUAAAGUAGGUCGAUUAGAGCUUUUCAAUUAACCAUUCAUUUUUUCCCCUUUUCGAGUGAAAUAAGUGAUGACACACUCGAAAUUUCCCCCAAUAUAGACGUUUUCCUCUUUUUUUUAAAUGUUAAAACAAUAAUACAGUGACUGACUGGUUCAAACAAGAUCGUUAUGAGAAAUGAAAGCCUUUUUUCCAUGCUGUACCAACUAAUGCGUUACCUCGACUAUAGAAUGAGAUUUGAAAUAAAGAAGCGAAUAAAUAU